GCAACUUCCACCACGGCGAUGUCCACCAAGUCGCCCGACCUGACGAACUUCUCGUCAGCUGAGCUCUCUGAGGACGAGUUGGAUAACGUCUUUCAGCACAUCUUUCGCCGAUUGGCAGCGUAUCGCAAUGAGGCGCUUAUGUACGCCGAGCUCGAGUGCAUGCUCGCAUCCGGCUCGGAAGAUAUGAAGACGAAACGGAAGGACGCCUUCAGCGAGAACAUAGAUAAGUGGGCUCAAACGAUAGUCGACCAAGCGUGGAUCGCCUGCCAUCCAGAGAAACCGACAGAAGACAGCCCCGAGCUGGACCGACUAGCAGAGACAUCUACUGGCAGACUGCCACCUCUGCCGGACAAACGCUACCUUGAGAAGAUCAUGAACAGCAUUCUGUUGCUCCUGGUCACGACGCACAAGGAAUACUCGGCACGAACCCGCAGGUUUCUCUCUGAAUUCGGUCCUCUGAACGAAGAGGCUAUCGUUGCCACUCUGAAGGACCCGGACACCGCUAUCAAGAAGGCUCAGGACGCCGCUGAGAAGACGAAGAAUGAGCACGCUGACAACCGCAAGAUCUUCCGUCGGGUCGGUCUUGGACUUGCUGCAGUAGGCGGCGGGGUCCUCGUUGGCGUCACUGGCGGCCUCGCUGCACCUCUGGUUGGCGCUGGAGUAACGACGAUACUCGGCUGGGUCGGCGUCGGAGGCACCGCAGCUGGGCUCCUUGCUAGUGGACUUGCCGGGUCCUCAGUCGUAUGCGGGGCACUGUUCGGCGCCUAUGGCGCGAAGUCCACCGCGGACAUGGUCGGGAGGCAUACGAAGGAGAUCACUGAUCUCGCCAUCAAGCCUGUGAGGCCGCGCAAUGUGCACGAUACGAUGGCCGUACGCUUGUGCAUUACCGGUUGGCUGACAACCCCGGACGACGUGACGGCGCCGUGGACUGUUUUCGGCGGUGAUGACACGUUUGCUCUGCAAUGGGAAGUGCAAGCGCUAGAAGAACUGUCGAACGCACUGUAUACCCUGGUCAAAAGCUACAGCCUAAAAUAUGUAAAAGCCGAAAUCAUCAAGCGCACCGUCCUCGCCAACCUCAUGUACAGCCUCGCACCCAUCGCCUGGCUCAAAAUCGGACAGAUCAUCGACAACCCCUGGAUGAACGCCACCGCUCUCGCCGACAAAACCGGCCUCGUCCUCGCCGACCUCCUCGCCCAGCGCGUGUUCGGCAGACGUCCCAUCACCCUCGUCGGCUACUCCCUCGGCGCCCGUGUCAUCUUCCAGGCCCUCAAACGCCUCGCGCAGUUCCCACCCCAGGACACCGGGCACCUCAUCCAGGACGUCUUCCUCUUCGGGACGCCCGUGAGCGGGGACCCCGCCGUCUGGACGGGCAUCCGGCGCCUGGUCGCCGGACGCGUGGUGAAUGGGCACUCCGCGAACGACUACGUGCUCGCGGUGCUAUCGCGUGCGUCGAGCGGGCAGUGGGAGAUCGCAGGCCUGCAGCCGGUGCAGGUGAAGGGUGUGGAAAACGUGUUCUGCGAGGAGGUGAAUGGGCAUACGAAGUGGCGGGGGCUGAUUGGGAAGCGCUUGUUGGAUUGUGGGGCGCCGGGGGUUAUUGAGGUGGAGGUUGCGAAGCAGUUGAAGGAGGUGGCGGAUCAGUUGAGCAAGGAGGACGAGGAUAUGACGCAAGAGGAGGCGGAGAGGAUCGUGCAGCAGGGGCCGCCGAAGGAGGAGAACGAAUGGGCAUCCAUUGACGAGAAGGGACCGAAGCCAAAAGCGCCGUCAUCGAAGCGGAAACCACCUCCAAGAUACGAGGAUUGAUUGUGGGUAUACAGGUUGUACAGUAUAGGACAGAGUUGCAAAAGGACUUUAGGUUCGCUCGACACGCUUGCGCUUCCUCGUCUUGAUGCGCUCGGCCAGUGAUAGCGAAGAGUCCUCUGCCAAAGACGCCGAAGUCUCUUCUGUCUUGACGGCGAAGUAGUCGGAUGGCGCAGGUACUUCGUCAACUGCCUUCCGCUUCGUUUUCC